CGAUAACUGCCGGAUUUCCUAGGGGAAGAAAUUGCUUGUAACUCACCAAUUUCCUGCACAACCCACAAACACUUCCUGCGUAAACUGCUGCUUUUAUACAGCUGGGGGAAGCGCCAGUGCUGCCUUCUGGUAUAUGAGCCUGUUAAACCCUCUCCUAGCCAGUACUCUCAUACACCUGGAUGUGGGUCACCUAUGGAACAGCCAGGGGUAGCAGCAGCAGGAGCUGGUUAUCAGUCAGCUGUCCCUGCUCGGCACGCCUUGAGGAAAAUGUUUGGAAACUUUGUGAAUACAUCAGAAGCUAUGAUCAAUACCCUUUAGAAGAAUUUUAUGCUGUUUUCAUAUCCAAUGAGAGAAGGAUGAUACCGCUCUGGAAGCAGCAGUCAGGAUGUGGAGAUGAACCUGUAGUUUGGGAUUACCAUGUUAUUUUACUUCAUGUUGCAAGUGGAGACCAGAACUUCAUUUAUGAUCUUGACACAGUGUUGCCAUUUCCAUGUCCAUUUGACACUUACAUUGAGGAGGCUUUUAAAUCAGAUGAUAUUCUUCUUCCAGGAUUUAGAAGAAAAAUCAGACUGAUUCGAGCAGAUUUGUAUCUGAAGACAUUUGCUUCUGACCGAUCUCACAUGAAAGAUGCCAGUGGACACUGGCAGAAGCCUCCUCCUUUCUACCCUUGCAUUGAAACUGCAGAUACACAGCUGCUCUUCUGCAACCUUUACCUAAUGAGGCAUUGGUUCAAUAAUGACUCAGAAGGCAGAGGACUGCCUACAGCCAUAACCAAUAUAACUUCCUGUACCAUUCGCAAGAUUGUCAACUUUAAUGAUUUUAUCACAAGCCUCAUGAUAUUUCCAUUACAGCCCCAGCUUAAUUAAUUAAAGUUGGAAUCAGGAGAUUGUCUGAGAAUCUCACCUUCAAUUUUUAAAAAUUAAAGUUUCUAAUCCUGAUCGUUACCUAACUGCAGAUUCUCUUCUCCCGCUGCUCUGAUCAUGUCUCCAGAGCCUCCCUUUUCUUGAAUCUCAGUACUUGGCUUCCAGUAGUCUAUAUGCUGCACAGUCAAACUUCCCACUUUCAAAGAGUAACCUGUGGGUGGACUAGAGUUUACUUCACUGCCCUUCUCCUAAUACCUAAAAACAACUGCCAUAGA